GGAUCGAUAAUAAUAAAAUAAAUAAACAAACAAUAAUUAAGAGAGUGAGUCGUCGUCGUCGGAGCAGUACUUAGUCGAGCACAGAGAGAGCACCCAACGCAACAGAGUAGUGUAGCUCAGAGAGGUCCUCCCUACUAGGCAGGCUCCCCUCCCUCUUCCUUCUCUCCCGGGAUUCCCUUGCUAUGCCAUUGCCUUGCCAUGUGAUGCUCCUCUCCUUCCCUUCACCUGCAUAUUAUUAUUAGCAGCCGCAGCAGCAGCGCGCAGCAAUUAAGAGCACCACCAGCAAGCAGCAGGCCAGUUGCAGCUCGCCACCUUCCUUCCUCUCCGCUUCUUCUUCUUCUUCUGCUUCUGCUCCAAUCAACGACGAGAAGGAGGAGGAGAUGGGGACGGGGUGGCGGAGGGCGCUGUGCACGUCCGUCCAGCGGGACGACGGCGAUGCCAAGAACAAGAAGCGCCGCCCGCACGACGCUGCCGGUGGAGGUGGAGGCGGAUUCUUCUCCGCCGUCAAGAGCGCCGCCACCGGCAACAGCAGCAGCAACCCGUCGACGCCCACCCUGCGGUGCCGGACCAAGCCCCUGCAGCAGCCGGCGGAGGCCGCCCCCGUGACGCCGCCCUCCGCGCCGGCGCCCGCCAGGAAGCACCGGAUGCCGCUGCUCCAGGCGCUGUCGGCGCCGGCCUCGCCCAGAUCCCCUUCCAGAUUCGCGCUGCUCAAGGCCUCGCUCCUCCCGUCCAAGGCCCGGUGCGGCGUGUGCUCCCGCGGCGUGAAGAGCGGCGGCAGCUCGGCGGUGUUCACGGCGGAGUGCUCCCACGCCUUCCACUUCCCCUGCAUCGCCGCCCACGCGCGCUCCUCCUCCGCUAACGGCGUCCUCUCCUGCCCCGUCUGCGCCGAGCCAUGGCGCCAGGCGCCCUUCCUCGCCUCCCUCCGCCUCCACUGCUCCUCCUUCCACGACGACAACAAGCGUCGCGCCAGCGGCGGCAGCGACGGCCGCAAGACGCCGCCGCCGCCGCCAUCCUCCAAGCUCUACGACGACGACGAGCCGCUGCUGGCGCCCAAGGCCGCGGCCAACGGCGGCGGCUUCAACCCGAUCCCGGAGGCCGACGAGGACGACGAGGAGGAGGAGCAGGGCGCCGCCGAGUUCAGGGGCUUCUUCCCGCGCCCCAGGACGACGUCGGGGCUCGCGGUCACCGUCGCGCCGGAGGCCGCGCUCGUGUCGACGGGCCGGCGGCACGGCAAGUACGUGGUGGCCGUGAAGGUGAAGGCGCCCGGGCUGCGGUUGUCGUCGGCGUCCCCGCGGCGCGCGCCCAUUGAUCUCGUCACCGUGCUGGACGUGAGCCAGGGCAUGAUGGGGGAGAAGCUGCAGAUUCUCAAGCGCGGGAUGCGCCUCGUCGUGGCCUCUCUUGGCCCCGCCGACCGCCUCUCCAUCGUGGCAUUCUCCGGCGCCGCCAAGCGCCUGCUGCCGCUGCGCCGGAUGACGAGGCAGGGCCAGCGGUCGGCGCGCCAGAUCCUCGACCGCCUCGUCGUCUGCGCUGCCGCCGCGACCACCCAGGGGCAAGAGCAGGGGCCGGGGCAGCAGCAGAGCGCUUGCGUCGGCGACGCGCUGCGCAAGGCCACCAAGGUGCUCGAGGACCGGCGCGACCGCAACCCGGUGGCCACCGUGAUGCUGCUCUCCGACACCCAGCAGCAGCAGCAGCAGCGGGAUCAAUCGACGACGAGGAAGCAGUUUGGGCGGCCAGCCAUGGCUGCUCCGGCGACGCGGUUCACGCACGUGGAGAUCCCCAUCGGCGACGCGCCUCCCCUUGUCCGGCCCGAGGAGGAGAAGGAAGAGCCCCCGGUGGAACACGCGUUCGCCAGGUGCCUUGGUGGGCUGGUGAGCGUGGUGAUGCAGGAUGUGCAGCUGGAGCUGGUGUUCCUGGCGGGGGAGAUCACGGCGGUGUACUCGUGUGGCCCCGGGCAGCAGGCGGUGGCGCUGGCCGGCGGAGGCAGCGGCGGCGCCGGGGUGAGCGUGCGGCUGGGCGAGAUGUACGCGGAGGAGGAGCGGGAGCUGCUGGUGGAGCUGCGCGCGCCGCUGCAGCAGCAGAGCCACCACCCGCACUCGCUGUCGGUGCGGUGCGGCUACCGCGAUCCGGCGUCGCAGGAGGCGGUGCGCGGCGCGGAGCAGCCGCUGCUGCUGCCGCCGCUGGCACAGAGCGAGAGGUCGUCGCGGCGGCUGCACGACCUGUUCGUGGUGACGCGGGCGGUGGCGGAGUCGCGGCGGCUGGCGGAGCUGCAGGACCUGGCGACGGCGAUCCACCUGCUGUCGUCGGCGCGGGCGCUGGUGCUGCAGUCGCCGCCGACGCAGCAGCGGGAGGAGCUGGUUGGCAGCCUCGACACGGAGCUCAGCGACAUGCAGUGGCGGCGCAGCCAGCAGCAGCAGCAUCGGCAUCAGCAGGAGGACGACCAGCAGCCGCUGACGCCGACGUCGAGGCGCGGCAGGAGGCCGGACGGGGAGGCGGCGGCGACGACGCCCGUGGGGACGCCGCGGUCGGGCGGUCCUGGCGGCGAGCCGCUGACGCCGACGUCGGCGUGGCGCGCGGCGGAGCAGCUGGCCAAGGUGGCCAUCAUGCGCAAGUCCAUGAACCGGGUGAGCGACCUGCACGGCUUCGAGAACGCGCGCUUCUGAUCGCCGCCGUGCCGUGAUUGAGUGCCUGUAAUUGAGUUUGGUUUCGUUUUGUUUAGCCUUUUUGGAUGGAUGUUCUUUUGCCUUGUGAAUUGAGAUGAGAAUCAAACAGAAAGAGGAGACGAGCCCGCCGCCGCCGGAGUGUGGCGGACGGCGGCUAGUAGAACAUGAACACUUGAACAGAGCAGUCAGCAGAGCUGCUCUUGUUAUUACCAACCCCUUUAUAUGGAUUAUUAUGAUGACGAUUAAUCAAGUCAAA